UUGAAACUGUUCGGGCCCGCAGAUCAUGAAUUGUGCGAUACCCGAAUUGCGUGUACUGUUUAUUGGAAACAGUUUCAAACUUAUAUAUUGUUCAUCGUGGAUAUAUUGAGAAAGCUUGCAAUGUAUUCAGCGAAUGCUUAUCAUUGAUUUAUAAAAAUAUAGUUAAGCUUUGUAAAUUGAUACUGCAAGAGAAUCCUUUCACAAAUCACAAGGGCUUGUGUAGAGAAAAAAAAAACGGUUAAAAAAGUGGGUACUUCAGAGUUACAAGAAACACUACUGAAGAUUGCAGAUCUACCAAUAACAGUGGAUAUUUUGCAGCGAACAAAAAUUGGGAAAGUGAUUAAUGGACUCAGGAAGAGAGAUGGAGACUUGGGGUUCAUUGCCAAAAGCAUUGUCUCUGAGUGGAAAUCAAUGGUGGCACGUGUUCAGGCCCGAGAAGAAGAGGAAGAGAAUGACACACACACCUCAGAAAGACCCAACUCCAGCCCCGAGGCAGGAAGUGAUGUAAGAAGUCCAGUGGAAGAAGAUCAGGAGGAAUAUAUGAGCGAUGAAAUACAGGAUAACAUGAAGUCAUCACAUGAAAAGAGGAGAAUCAAAGAGGAAACAAAAGAUCAUAUAUCAGAUCAGUCUUCAUCACACAGUAAAAGUGAUAAACACAGAGGCUCAGACAACAGGCAUAGAGAAAAAGACAGUAUACACUCCUCUAGCAGGGAAAAUAAGUCCAAAAAUAAAGAAAAAACAUCAGAGGACAGGAGAGAACAUUCAGGGGAAAGUAAGAAAAGUUCUAGUAGUGAUAAAAAGCAUUCAACAAAUGAAUGUAGUUCCAAAAAUGAACAGUCAAAAAAUAAGGAUGAGAAGAAAGAGGAUGUUCACAAGAGCCAUAAAUCUCAUUCCAAAUCUACAGAUUCUAAAUCAAAUAGUGAAAGUGGAGGUAGAAAAGAAAGUAGAUACCAGGAGUCAAAACAUUCUGAGAGCAGACAUUCUAGUAAAGAUUCAAGUAGACAUUCUAGUAAAGAUUCAAGUAGACAUUCUAGUAAAGAUUCAAGUAGACAUUCUAGUAAAGAUUCAAGUAGACAUUCUAGUAAAGACAUUGAUAAACAUUCUGAUCAAAAGCAUGGUCACUCAUUUCAAGGAAGUCAUAAAAAUGAAAGUAGGCACUUGGAGGUUAAAGAUUCAAGUAGUGAUUAUAAUAGAAAAGAUAAAACUCAGAGUAGGCAUACAAAUGAAAACAAUGAUGUUUCCAAAAGUCACUCUAAAUAUUCAGGUAGUGGUUCCAACAGUAAGAGCCAAGAUGACAGGAAAACUAGUCUUUCAACUACAGAAAACUGUGAUAAAUCAAGGCAGAAUUUGGAGCAUUCCAGUAGUAGGGAUAAGACUACAGACUUGAUGAGAUCCAAACGACCAAAGCAUACGUUGUCAGAGAGUGACAGUGAGAAUUCAGAGGAAAAUGCAGUGAGUAGUAGUCCGAAUAAAGUCCUGGGUCAUUGGGAUGGUCUAAGCUCUGAUGCGGAGAAGAAUGAAGAACCAGGGGGGUUCUUUUUCAAUGACGAAUACGUAGAUCACGAGGCCCUAUUGGAUGAUGCCCUCAAUAAAUAUCACAUGGCGCCGCUAGUGCUGAAGAGAGAAUCGGACGUUACAGAUAGGAAGUCCCAAAAGCGCUCCCUUGAGGAGAAAGGUGGUCAACAUGCUGACGGAAGUAAAAGGAGGAGGACUGAGAAGGAUUCAGAAAAAUCAGGAUCACACAGAGAGAAAGAUCAGAAAGAAGACUCAAAACACAGAUCUCAUUCUUCAAGCAAAUCGAAAUCAAGCUCUAGUUCAAAAUCUAGCAGUCACAAGCGAGAUGGAGAGGACAAGAAAUCAGAAUCUAAAAAGUCCCGGUCGAAAAACCAAAGCAAAGAGCCUGGAUCAUUUGAGGACUGUAUAGCUGCUGUUCCAGUGGUAAAGAAACCAAAGGCUGAUCCAAAUUAUGAGAAACUUAAAUCCAAAUUCAAAAUCAAAAAGAAAGGAGAAGAGUCUGAAAAAUCCAAAACUGAGAAAAAAUCCAAACCAAAUAACAGUGACAAUAUGAAAAUUUCUGCCCCUCCACCAAAGUUGAAACUGUCUCAGAGAGAUUUAGCUAGCUUGGUUCGAAGCAAUGCAGUCCCGAAUUUCCGCCCUAUCGAGGAAACUCUGUCUGCUGCCAGUCAGUUUGACGACUCUCUGAUUGGUCAAAAAAGCUAUGCCAAGACCAUGGUGUAUUCUGGGAAGAAAAAUACUCUAGUACCAAAAGUAUUCUCACUUCAGGAAAUAUGUUUGAAUGUCCUCAUGAACCAUAUUGACAGUAUUGAAGCAGUAGGACCCUCUGUGCCAUACUAUUUAAUGGAACCAGUGCUCAAAAGGUGUACCCCCUCCCAAUUAUACAGAAUAGAAGACUUUAACCCUCAUUUCUUGGAGGAGAGUGAUCAGCUUUGGAAGCUGCACUGUGAAAAAGAAUUCAAAGGUUCUGAGCCAGAUGAGUUUGAGUCAUACAGGGAACUUUACCUGAGAAUGUAUGAUGAAAAGGAGAGAAAACUAAAACAGAUAAAAGACAAUAUAUCCCAGUCUAUGGCAAAAGCAGUUCCUGAAAGAACAGCAAAACUUGCAUAUGUAGACAGUUAUGUGAAACCCCCUCGAGAAGUUCGCAGACAACAGUUAAAGUACGGAACAGCAGGACCGUCCUCAGGGGAAAGAGCCAAGAAGUUUGCACACCUCAUGGACCCUAUUGCAAUUGGGAGGAAGGAGAGAGAGGAGAGAGCUGUGAAGCAGAAGGCUCCAAUGAUGCAAAAGACAAUGAUGAUGCUAAAGAAAAUGCGAAGAUAGUUAUUCUUUUGUUUGUUUACAAAUUGAUUAUUGGUUGGAAUGUAUAAAAUGUCAUGUUUUUCAUCAUGUUUUAAAUUUAAAGUGCUUUCUAUACAAAUUUAAAUCUUUCUAUUAAUUAUGUAUAGGUUGGAAUGUUUUAAUUCAUGUUUGGUGCUGAAAUGUGCUUUCAGUUAGAGCUAGUCCAUAUUUUGUGAUGGCAAGUGAAAUCUCACCUUUCAUUUGCAGUUUUAUAAAGUACAUGUACAUAAAGAAGUGAUUUUAAAUUAUUUUUUAAAUUAAUUAAAUAACAAUAAAAUGGAUGUAAGAACAUAGAUUAAGUCCAUGUAUGUACCAGUACACAUUAUCUCCAAGACUUGUUUUAUACAUAAAUGUAAUUGUUUAAAAGUUAUGUCUCAGUACACAAUGAUAUGAAGUUUCAUAAAUUUCACCUGCAAAUUGAGGAUGAAUAUUGUAGGUACAAACAUGCACGACUUUGAAUCUCAGGCAUUACAUACAAAUAAAAUUUGAUGACACAAGGUUUUUGCACUUAAAAGUAUACAUGUACAACAAAUACCUGGUACAUGGUUUAUAUGCAGGAGGCAGCAUUAGGUGAAAUAAAAAUUAAGAUGUAUGUUGCAUGAUAUAGGGUUAAAAAUGAGAAACUCUGUUAAAACAAAUUGCGUAUAAGCAUAUACAUGUAUACACAUUGCAUUGUCAUAUAAUGUGAGCCAUCCAUUAGUCUGUUAUGAAUUGUUCAAAGUUUUUUUUUUAUCAAAGGUGAAAUUGUUGCUACAAUUAUAUGACUCACAAUGAGCAUAAUUUUAUACUUAUAAAAAAACCUAGCUUAAAAAGUUUUUAUUGUAAAGAAAUAUUUCACAUAGAAAACAGAUUUUAAAGAUUGCAGUAAGUCCAGUGUGGAACAUGUUUUUAAAUAAGUUCAUGUAAAUCAUGUAUGGUAUCCAUGCAUGUAAGAGGAUCUUGGUCAUUCACAAAGUGGAUAGAGAGAUUUGUAUUACUUGUAUUUUAUUAGACAGUUUUGGCAUUUAUGAAGUGUCUACUCUUGCACACACAUAUUUGAAGGCUCUAUUUUUUUCAUUAACCAUUUCUGUAUAUAGUUGUGUUUAAAAUAAGAUUUCUUGAUUCAUUCAAUUCUUUGUUAUUACACAGCAAACAUUGAUGAAAAACUUUAUUUUUAAAGUCUUAAUUAUAUUGAAACAAUAGAUUUGAAUUUAUUUAAUUAUGACAUACUUCAUUGUGUUAUGCUAAAGCAAAAAUUUUGCCUUAAUUCUAAAUAUAGUGUUUGCAUUAAUUCUAGGAAAAUUAACUUAAGACUAUGAGUGUUUCUUGUCACAAAAGUACAAGAUGAUUCAUUUAAAUGUACCGGUAAUUCCUAUUUCACAACUAAGAUAUUUAUUUAGUCCUCAACAAGUGAAAUUAAUUUAUAACAUCAAUUUUUAAUAGAACUGCAUAUUUUUUUCUAUUUGCAUUGAUUUACAUGCAUCUGUUGGUAGUACUUUUUGUCUUUAGACAAGAAAACCCAAACUUGUGAGCAAACAUAAAUUGUUGAGUACUAGUGGAAUCCUAGAUUUUUGACUGGUGUGGGAUUUAAAUUCUACAAGAUAUAUAGACAUCCACUAUUUGUAUUUUAUCGUUGAUUAUAUUGAAUAAACCAGUUGUUCUUAA